CCUUGGGAGCGCAUCCUCCAUCUUCAAGUGAGAGAAGCAGUCCAGAGAAAAUAUCCCAUCAGUCUUUCAGGGAUUUUCCCCAGAAAUUCCUCUUUCCAUAUGGAUUUGGACAAGUGCUGAGGACAGAAGUGAGCUUUCCUGCAGGAAAGGGAAGGGACGCGGGCAGACACACACCCAGCGUUAUUUUCCCAUCCGGCACUUGGCAGAGCCCUUGCACGCUGUGUGUGCAUAAUUAAGAGUCUGCAGACCGCCAAGGCCCCGCAGGAGAGACUGAACAUCUGUCACAACCCUCAGCAGAAUCAAGGGCAGAGAGGCAUGGUCCCCAACUAGGAGAUGUCCAGGUUAGCACAGCAUGCUCUACAGGCAGAGGAACCAGGCUCCCUAGAACUACUCGCCUCUUUUUGAACAGCUGCAGAAUGAGAGCUGCUUUGUCUCCAGAAGGCCUUCCCCUUGCUCCUGGCCACAGUGCAAGCAACAAGGUCAGCUGGAUUCCAGAAGACAGAGUGUUCAGUAACGUUCAGAGGGACGAGAUCCUCUCCAGGUUUCUCAAAGGAAGUGUCCUCAAGAGAAUGUUCGGAUCGCCGCAGAUGAGGCAGGGGGUUCCUGAGGACCAGAAAGAGGAUCCCAGUCACACCCUUCCUGGCCCCAGAAUGCCUUUAAGGAGUCAGAGGAACGACUGCGGCGCCAUGGGGAGAAGACCCAGCGAGGCCUGGGGGCCCGUGCUCAGCGUGGCCAGCGUCUCUCAGGAGAACUUACCUUACUGGAAUUUGGAUUCAGAAGUACCUGCUCCUGAGAAUAAAAAUCUCCCAUGUGGAAGGAAUGGUACAACUUGUGGCAAAAUUGAAAAGAACCGCUUGGAGAUUCCGGUCAUGCAGCUGAUGCUAGAACUAAGUUUGUCAGCGCGUCUUCCCCAGAGAGCACAGAGUAGCAAACAAGGGAUAUUCCAGUUAUGGAGUUAUCCCUUUAAUGAUGAACGUGACAUGGAGAACAGGGAAUUCAAAAACUCUUCAGUGGAAACUGGCUUUGAUGUACCCAGUAAUUCCACACAGCUCUGCACCCUGAGCCGCUCUCUGACAAGCACCCCAGUCGGUACACAAGCCAGUUCUCACGCUGGACUGCCGACGCCUGGUCUCUCCUGGUCCUAUGCUGAUGGAGACUUUUUUAAGGGCAGAAACGAGCUUCGGAUUAAUUCAUGUUCCACUACAGAAAACAACAAAGAAGAAGCCUUCCCCGCUCCAGCUUGUAAUCUGAGAUAUGGAAACGGCAGUGUGGAAGAAAAUUUAACAGAUGAAAGUGAUUUAUCAGAGAAUGAGACGGCAAACGAUACAUUACCUGGCUGUUUUAAGAUGGACCUGAAUUUAAAGCCGGAAACAGUAGACAGCGGUGAGGAAUCUUUCCCUGAGGAACCCAGCGAAGCAUUUCUAUACCCUGAUUUUCUUCCCCCGCCCUUUGAUACUCUGGACUUGCACAAAUUGGCCCUCUCAAAAUGUGAAAGUUGGAAAGCAGCAGUGGAACCUCUAGACAGCUCUACCGAGCACUUGAUAACUCGUUUACUGGAACUGGAAAGGUUGCAGCAUACGACCAUACAAAAGGAGAGGCCAAGACUACACAUGUCGUCCUGCGGUUCAGCGGUUUCCGAACAACCGUCCUCCUCCAAAGCUGUGUCAAGAGUGAGACAGGCAAAACUUCCUGACUCUCUGAGUCUUCAGAUGUCUUACGUGGAUAAAAGUCGAGAAAAAGCAAAAACCAAUUCUGGUUCUGCCAAGCUUGAACAAAAUACUUCAAGAUGGAACUGGAGCGACACCAACAAAUAUAAAUGGACUCCUAGAACACCCCUUCUAAAAGGUCCAUCCACCACAAAACAACUGAUAGCAACUUACGAUAUUAAGAACCUCCAAAGUCCCAUUUUAAAUGCAUGCCAAGAAGCCUCCCCCAGGCCUAGCACCACCCAAACAAGUCAAUCAUUGGUUAAAACAGCCUCAAGGCGAUGUCUGCCACCAAGGUCUCCAAUACCAGUUUCAUCUGUAGCCUUGUCUUUUCCUGAAAGUCACAAGGAAGAAACUAAGACACCAAGGACCAGAAAGAAACUCCACCAACGAACUAUACUACUGCAGAGACCAUUCUAUAUUCAGAAGCUAAACUGUCUGUCACCUUCCUUUAUAGGUAAGGGUAAUGGCUCAUUUGCUGACCAAAAAAGACUCUUUUAUACAUUUCACUGUGCGCAAAUCCAUUCUAAGGAGCCUAGCUAAAAUGUGGUCCAUUCUGGGAUACAGGCAUUAAAAACAAAAAUCACAGUCACUUGGUUGAUUUGAAUCACUGCUGCAAUGUCUAUACAAGGGCUUCUAUACUAACAUAGUUGACAAUCUUUUGCACUUACGUUUUGAAGAGAUGUCUUACCCAGUAAGCCAAAAUAU